AAUCAUGGAGUCAAAUAAUUGAAGAGUUGAUAGUGAAUGAGUCAAAAGAAUUUACAAGAACCUACAGAAGUGAAACAACAAGAGAACUUCCAACAAAUGUAAACACCAGGCCAAUACCAACCAAUAUAUAUAUAUACAUUGAUGAUAGUAAUGCAGAAAUAGAAACAUCUGGACAGAAAAACAAUAUGGAAAAAGAGUAA